UACCCACAUUUAAAAAAAGAUGAGUGCUGUUUUCGGGGUCCUGCCGACUUUUGACCAUAAUGUGCAAGUUUGGAAAAAUUUUAAAAGUCGCGUGUGUCAGUGGUUCAUCGCUAAUAAUAUUACAAAUGCUACAGAUGCACAGGGACAGAAACGACGAGCGAUUUUGUUAAGCGCACUCAAUGACAGCUCAUACGAGCUGGCAACGCAUUUGGCGUUGCCCAAAGAUGUCCAAGAAGUGCCGUACGAAGACAUUUUACAAUUACUGGACGAUCAUUUCACUCCCAAGUUAACCGGGUUCGGCGAGCGGCACAACUUUUACUCUGCGGCGCAGCAACAACACGAGUCAUACCCGCAGUGGGCCGCUAGACUGCGAGGACUGUCAGUGCACUGUGCGUUUAAUAACAUAGAAGAAGCGUUACGUGACCGUUUCGUUAUGGGGAUGCUGCCGGGCAGGGAAAAAGAAAAAUUGUACGCUCAAGAUGUAUCCGCGUUAACUCUAGCAAAGGCGGUAGAACUUGCGGAAAACAUACGUCGCGCGCGGGCAGGCGCGGCCGCGGCCGGCGCCGGCGCCGGCGCCGCUGCCGUUACUCCGGGAUCGUCGGACUCCUCGGCCUCCGAGUUAUUUAAGAUCGCGCGUGGUGGUAAAAACGAGGGAAGUGCAAAGGUGAAGUGUUCGGUGUGCGGCUACACCAACCAUAGUGCGUCACAGUGUCGUUUCGCUAAGUUUACAUGUAAAAAGUGUAAUAAAAAAGGGCAUCUCCGUAAGAUGUGCACUAGCGUAAAUUACGUUAAUGUAUCGGCGGAUUGUCAGGGCGAUAACGACGACGACGGUAAGUUGUAUUACAUUCGAUCUUUCAGGGGUGAGCCUAUGGUUGAAACGGUAAAAAUCAAUGGUCGAAAGUUAAAAUUUGAAAUCGACACUGGUUCCGCGGUGACUGUUGUUUCUUACAUUACGUACAAAAUGCAUUUUAAAGAUGUACCAUUGUUACCUACAAAAAAAAGAUUAGUCACUUAUUCAGGCGAACAUCUACAGUGUAAAGGUAAUGCACGGUCGAUGGUAGAAUAUGCGGGUAGCACUCACGCAUUGAACGUGUAUGUUGUUAACGACGACGGGCCGCCGUUGCUAGGCAGAGAUUUUAUUGCUUUAUUUAAAUUGCAACUUACACCUGUGCAAUCUGUGCAUUAUUGUAAUGAUAAAUUACAUAUAGGUAGCACUGACUUAGAGAAACAGUAUCCCAAAUUAUUUUCAGGUAACUUAGGGUUAUUCAAUAAGUAUAAGGUCAACUUAAGGCUUAAAGAGGACGCAAAACCUGUUUUUUUUAGGGCGCGGCCGGUAGCGUUCGCAUUACGCGAUACAGUUAGCAAAGAAAUUGAUAGGCUUGUCAGUUUAGGGGUUCUGAAGCCAGUUGAUCAUUCCGAGUAUGCCUCACCUGUAGUGCCAGUUUUAAAGAAAAAUGGUUCAGUACGUUUAUGUGCAGAUUAUUCCGUCAGCAUAAAUAAACAAUUGCUUAUCGAUCAAUAUCCGCUGCCUACAAUAAAUGAAUUGUUUUCAAAGUUACACGGGGGGAAAACAUUCACAAAGUUAGAUCUGUCUAUGGCAUACAACCAGUUCGAGCUAGACGAAGACUCACAAAAGUUGACCUGCAUAAACACGCACCGGGGAUUAUUUCGCUUUACACGUCUCGUUUUUGGGCUGGCUUCUGCGCCAGCGAUAUUUCAGCGAGCAAUGGAAUGCGUGCUCGCAGGCCUCGACGGCGUGUUGUGCCUGCUCGACGACGUGCUUAUCACGGGCGCCGACGUCGCCCAGCACCAGGCCAGGUUAAAGGUAGUGUUGCAAAGAUUACAGGAUGCGGGACUGGUAUUGCAGCGGGAUAAGUGCGAGUUUUUUAAGGACGAGAUUAGCUACUUAGGCUAUAUAAUAAAUAAACAAGGCUUAAAAAAAUCCCCAGAGAAAAUUAAAGCCAUAGUCGAAGCACCGGUGCCAACAAAUAUUAGUCAGUUACAAUCAUUUUUAGGGCUAAGUAACUACUACCGAAAUUUUGUUCCGGGCGCCUCGACCAUACUCAGUCCAUUAUAUGACCUACUUAAAAAGAAUACAAAGUGGGAGUGGUCAGAGUUGCAUAACGACGCUUUUAACAAAAUUAAAAGUCAUCUGGUGUCGGAUCAGGUUCUUACACACUUUAACCCUAAAACAAAGCUGUUUUUGACCUGUGAUGCAUCGCCUAGUGGCCUAGGGGCUAUUUUAUCACAGCUGGAUUCUGACGGGGUCGAGCGGCCGGUCGCAUUUGCCUCGCGCACUCUAAACCCCGCGGAGAAAAGGUAUGCGCAAAUACAGCGGGAAGCAACCGCAAUAAUUUAUGCAGUGCGUCGCUUCCAUCAGUAUUUGUACGGUAGGGCAGAGCCGUUUGUUUUAAGGACGGACCACAAGCCUUUAACUUCAAUAUUUGGGCCCUACAAAGGCAUCCCCGAGGUCUCCGCUAAUCGUUUACAACGGUAUGCACUAUUUCUCAGCGGUUAUAAUUACACAAUAGAAUAUGUGCGUAGUGCGGACAAUAGUGCAGAUUUUUUGUCUCGGGCAAGCCUGCCGGGGGAGAGUGGGCGCGGCGCGGAGCCAGCACUCGCCGAUAGUGAUAAGGCCGCAUAUGUUUGUUUUGUUGCAGACGGCGGGACUAAACCGUUAACUCUAAAUGAAUUACAGGUAGGUACCAAGACAGAUGCGAUAUUAAAUAUCGUGAGUAGGUAUAUCCUCAAUGGUUGGCCAAAUAAAAUCACCGAUGUGCGUCUCAAGCCGUACCAUUUAUGUAGAACUCAGUUAGCUGUAGAAAAUGGUAUUAUUAUGCGGGGUCAUAAAGCGGUAGUUCCACAGUCGCUACGCGAUAAAGUUCUGGCAGAACUACAUACGUCACAUCUGGGAAUAGUUAAAACCAAAGCAGAGGCUCGUGCUCGAUUCUGGUUUCCUGGGAUUGACAGGGCUUUGGAGUUGUUUUUGGGUUCGUGUGAGGUGUGCCAGCAGUUGCGGCCGUCCCCGCCCCGCGCGCCACCUGUACCGUGGCCUCAGACUGCGCGUUGUUUUGAAAGGUUACACAUUGAUUUCCUCGGCCCGCUAUAUGGACAUACGUAUUUAGUAAUCGUAGAUACUUAUAGUAAAUGGCUCGAGGUAUAUCCCAUGGUUAGCACGACAUCCACGGCCGUAGUAGACAAGUUAUGCGACUUUAUUUCCAGAUUCGGGUUACCAAAAACAAUAGUAAGUGACAAUGGUACUGCUUUUUGCUCGCAGGAAUUUACUAGAUUUUGUGACCUUAACGACAUAAAACAUGUUACGUCACCGGCCUACCACCCCCCCAGUAACGGCCAGGCCGAGAUUUUUGUUAAGAUCACAAAAAAGGGUAUUAAGUCGAGCAUGUUAAUGGGUAAAAAUGAUAGACAGAGGCGGUUACUCUUAUUAAGAUAUUUAAUGGAUUAUCGCAAUUCAAUACAUUCAACCACAGGCUGCGCCCCGUCACAGUUAGUAUUCGGUCACAAAAUAAGAUGUAGGCUUGAUGUGUCGAAUCCAUUGUCGGAGUUAUCGCCCUUAUCAUCUGCCGAGUCCGUAGUUAAUAAACCUGGAAAAAUUCAACAGUGUUCACCAUGUAAAGAAAACGUGUCACGUAAUUUUAAAAAAAGCGAGUUAAUACUUUACAAAAAGUAUGUAAACAAGUCUCAAUUUAACUGGUGCAAAGGGAUAAUCGAAAAAAGGAUUGGUAAAGUUUUGUAUUUAAUCAAAGACUUUUAUACAGACAGUAUUGUAAAAAAACACAUAAAUCAAAUAGCAAAAUACAAUGGUACCAUAAGGAUUGACAGCUCAGGGGACCUAAGUUUAACAGAUUUGGAUGAGUACUUACCAUCUAUAGACCCUCCACCGCCUCCGCCGCCGUCGCCUCCGCCAUCGCCGCCGCUGCUGCCGCCUCCGCCGCCGUCGCCUCCGCCGAAAGCGUUUGACCAGGUUGACAACGAUAUCCUUUUAGAGAAGCUGUCCGCGAUAGGUUUUGACCCAACACUCCUUGAAUUGUUUGCCAGCUACUUGAAGGAUCGUGUCUUUAAAGUUCUAUACUCUGCUCUGGUGCGAUCCAAACUGGAAGCAAGCUCGUGCGUGUGGAGUCCAUACGAGACAACCUACAUGUUAAUGCUAGAGAAGGUUCAGAAAUGUUUUCUGCGUACUCUCUUCAAGAAACUGUACGGGUACUAUCCUUUCAUGUAUCCGACAGCUUACUUGCAGGGCACGCUAGGAUACAACGCACUAGCAACGCGCAGACUGUUCGACCAGCUGAUAACCGUGCUUCGUAUCCUGCGUGGUCGCCUGGAUUGCCCGGAGUUAGUUGGCGAGGCAUGUCGACUAUUUGUCCCGGACAAGCGUUCGCGGUUUCGUGCUAACCGGGUGCGUCUCUUCGCGGUCCCUCCUGCCCGCACGGUCUCUCGGCGCAACUCGCCCGUUUGCCGAGCGAUGAACACGCUCAAUAAGCUCGGUGCUGUGCAACACUCCUGCGAUCUGUUUGCGGACGGCUGGAAGGUUAUUGAGAGGGAUUGUUUAAAAAUAUGCGAGUCACUGACCUAA